AUGAAUCAUCAAACUUUUAAUUUUUUUCUAAUUGUUUUUGUUUCAAUUUUACUUACAUUAUCCAUUACUAUUGAUGCUCACAAGUUACGUAUUAAACCUACAAAACCUAAAUGUCCGACAUGUUGCAAAUCACGUGGUAGUCCUGGGUGGAAUGACAUAAUUUAUCCUAUUUACGUGGACCAAAACCAAACAGUUCAAAUUGACAAUGCUUCUACUCCGCAUGAUUGCUGUAAUUUAUGUAUUGCAGAUCCGAAUUGUGUUUCAUGGUAUUAUAAUAUCGUUUCCACUUUGUUUAUAGGGUGUCAUCAUCAAUACAACACGAGCACUGUAGAUGCUUGUUCACCUCCCCUAUAUAUACCAAGCGAAUCUGGUGAUGAAGGUGGUGUUAUUCGUUGCAAUGAUGGCAGUAACUGCAAUUAA